UUCCUACCAGUCCUUAGUUCUGAAGAACAGUGUCAGAUUCAGAUCAGACUUCAGUUUGGUUCUUUAGUUGCUAGCUCUUGGAGAGAGAUUUCGAAGUUUGGCACUAGUUUACCUGAAUUUCUACUACGGAGUGAAGUGCGUAACAGAAAUGUUGGAACUUCAUAUCGGGAACAAUCUUGCAUAAUUGGUUAUUUUGGUAGUUUGGAUGUGAACAUUGAUGUGCAGGGGUUGUCAGAUCCGCGGGGUUCUCCAAGUAUACCUUGAGUUCCUUCGGUUUAGGCGUGGUUUAAUGUGAUAGUGUGGAGUUGGCUCCGUGUUUAUUAUAAUUGUGAGAAUCGUGUUGGAUAUAGAAUGUGGUCUAAAUUUAACAGUUUUUCGGUUGAAGACGUAUGAUGACAAUCAACUACGGAGAGUCACUGCAUCCAGUUGUGCGUUUUACGUUUCGAUACAAUAAAAUGUUUAUCAACAAAUAGAGAAGGCAAGUCGAAAUGGCGGGGAAAACUACACCUGUGUUAUUAGUGACGGCUAAUGUUGGAUCAAUUUUCGAAGAUCCAUCCCAUAUGCUGAAGAUAUGGACUGAAGAAUUCUUAUCGACCGUGGCUCGAUUGGACCCAAAAUUCAUUGCUUUGCACUGCCAAGAAGUCGGCGGUAAAAAUUAUGAACGAAGCAUGAAACAUGUAGAAGAUUUUGUCAGACUUUUUAUGUCCAGCGAAGAACUCAGAUUAUUUGACAAAGUCAGAGUUUUUCUGGAUGAAGACUAUUCUUCAGCUGAGAACUUCACUGCGCUUGGAAAUUUUUACUUCAUUCACGAAUCUCUUUGUGAUGUUUUAAUAUGGGAUUUUGCUGCAAUGACGUUUGUGCCUGCAAAAGGCAAGGAAGUCCAUUCUGGUAAUAUUGAAGCUGUUACCACUAAAGAAAAAUCAAAAUUUCCGCAAGACUUUUUUCCAGAAUGUAAAUGGUCACGCAAAGGAUUUCUGAGAACAAGAUGGAGUUUAAAUGGCACCGUUUUUGAUCUGAUUAACAUCCAUUUGUUCCAUGAUGCAUCCAAUUUUAUAGCAAUGGAAUCAUUUCCUUCUGUAUACAGUAAAAACAGGCGACGUGCUCUUGAACAUACACUAGAAAGAUUUCAUAAUGACAGCUAUGGAACAGCACCAUUCUUUGUUUUUGGAGAUUUCAAUUUUCGAACUGACACACAAGGAGUUAUCAAUAAACUGGCUGAUGGUUUGAAUCCUGUGCGGGUGCAAAGUAAUAAAAGCAAUGAUCAUACAAAACUGCAAUACAAAGAUGAUGAAAGUCAGGUUGUGUUGUCCCUUGGAAAAAAAGAAUUCAGUCAUGCUGAUCAUCAGAGUAUAUUUCUUGAUGAAAAUGGAAUGUGGCUUAAAGAAUUUGACCGAGAAAUGGAAGCUUUUACUGGUCGACUUUUUGAAUUUGCCAUUGCGUUUCCACCUAGUUACCCAUUUGAAGAGGAAGAAAAGGGAGGAAAUAAUUAUAUGAAAACACGCUGCCCUGCUUGGUGUGACAGAGUCAUUCUAAGCAACACUGCCAAAACUCUAGUCAAUAAUGUUAAUACAUUAUUUUACCAAUUUCAACAGGCUUCUGACCCAGAUAGUGUGGAGUAUGGACUGAUGGGACCCAACACACGAAUGGGAGACCACAAGCCAGUCUACUUAAAGAUGGAUCUAAUCAAUGAUGCAGGUACAGUUUCAUGUUGCACGUCAUGUGACACGUCGUCUAGUGACGAGCGUGUGCUGUGCUUUGGAAAUGUGGCAGUGUGUGAACCAGCUUCCUGGUCUUGCAGUAGUUUGAGCUUGAAGCAAGGUGGAUCUGCACCCUCUACAGCACUAACUUUGAAAUUGGACACUUCUGCUGCAGCCCUCACGGCUGAUUGCUUUUUAGCACCUCCUCAUGCAUCCUUACUGCAUGAACCCUACACCCCAGAAAGCAUGGAAACCCCCUCCUCUUCUCCUAUACCUGUAAGAAUUCAGAGAGAUUUUGGAGAAGUGGAAGGUGUUCAGUGGAAAUGUGCUGAUGAUGAAGAAGUAUCUGAAUGUGAUGUUAUAAAAAAUCUUCACACUGACUUAUCAAAAAGAAUUAGUGAUAGUAAUAUUCUCACAAGUAAUAGUCUUAGAGAAGAAUCUUCAGUCAUUCAAGACAUGUCAUUUUGCAAACAAAUUAUUUCAGUGUGUGAUUAUGAUUUGACAUCAAAAGAAUCAAAUAAAAAAUCUGGAACUGAUACAACUGGUCAGUGUGAGACUUCUCAUCAGGGUGUUCCUCAUGUAUUUGUUUGUUACUCAGAUACACAAGUUCAAAAAUUACAAGACACAAAUUCCUUAGAUCAAACCAGUGAUUCUCAGGUGACAAAAAACAAUGUGCUGGAAAACAUUAAAAUCAUUCCCAAAGAAAAUAGUUUUGUAAAACGAUUUCAAAUAGAACAUGAAAUGGAAAAUGAAAUUACAUACAAAUCAUGUGAUAUGAUUGCCCAAGAAAAUAGAAAUGAACUUUCUUCUUUAACAUCUUCAGAGAGUAGAAUUAAGGAAAAAGAUUCAGUUUUCCAACAAAAUUUAUUAUCAUCUCUUUUAUUGAAAACUUUUUCAUCAGACUCUGGUAUACAGCCAACUACAUCAAGUACUUCUUCCAUACCAUCUUUGAGUUCUCAGAGUUUGAAGAAAGAAUGUAUUGACAUGGAUAUAGUGUGUCCUAAAAUUUUAGAAAAAAAAGUUUCUGAUGUACUUCCAGUAAACGAAUUCGUUGCAAAUAUUUCAAGUGGACUUAUUGUAAGUGACCCUAAAGAAAAGGAAGAUACUUCUGAAAGUAUUUCUGUAGCAAAUCAUAUAAAUUUGUAUCGGAGUUUAAACGCUUGUGGCAAUGAGAGCAAAUGGGUUUUAGAGGACACAAAAAAUUAUACUUUUAGUAAACAAAAUGUACGUAGUGUGCCUGUUAGUACAAAUAAUUGUUCUGAAAUUGAUGAAAAUAAAGGUUUUUUUACUGAACCAGGAAUAAUGAACGAAUUAUCUGAGAGAGAGAAAAAUGUCCAUUUGUCAGUCUGUCCUGAGACUGUCAAUGAUAUUAAUGUGAACUGUCAUGUUGAUGAAAAGUUAAAUUUUCCUGUUAAUUCACAAGACUGUAUUAAUAUUAGUACCGAUGUUUCUAGUCAACUUAGAAGUACUAAAGAACAAAGGCCAAAAUGCACUAAGAAUCACAAAUUGAGAACUAAUUCUAAAAAUUGUUGUUCCAGUUGUUGUACUAUAAUUUAGAAAAGGUUUAUUUUAUUUACUAUAAAGUACAGAGUCUUUUUCAUAAAAAAAAAAAUUGGGGAAUUAGGGACUUAUUGGAAAUCCCUGUCCUUCUUACAUUAUUUAAUAAGUAGCUAUUAAAAGGACAUUAGUUGGCAUCUCUUUUUUUUUUCCUCAAAAUUAUUAUUUUACUCAGACAUGAAGAUCUGUCCAGUAGUCAGAUUACUGUGUGAGAGAAAUAGUAUUGCAAUAUUGUUUAAUACAAUGUAUUGUUUUAUUAAAGUAGUUCAUUAGUGUUUGACUAGAGUGCCUAGGAAUUUUGGGCAUUACUGUUGACUAAUUCUUUGGUGAAAGUGAAUGUAGUUAACUUUGUAGGUGGUGUAAUGUACUUUCAGAAUUGUUUUUUGGGGUACUGUAGCUUUCCUAUCGAGUAUUUAAAUUCAAUUCAAUUUUGGUAUUAACAUUAUAUGUAGAAUGCUAGAAUUUGAAUGUACUAAUGGUACCUGAAUACCUGAUAUUUGCACCACUGUGCAGAUUUCAGAAGUUUCCACUGAUGCUCUUUGCCUUUCAUUUAUCUCAGGAAUGUAGUGAUUUGUUCAAUAAAUGUGAUGUAAAGGAUAAUGUGUGUUAGUAGAAGAAAAAUAUUGUUAUAGAAUGUUUUAAAGUUCAGAUCUUUCCACACUGUGAAUUAAUAUCUUAUUUUAUUUUCAAUAAUUUAUUAUAUCUUAGAGAAUUAAUGUGCCAUGUGUUGAGUUACCUUUUGAUGUUCCAGCUAGUACUUACAAAAGCACGAGGAAUUGAAAAUCCUUAUCUUACAUGAAAAACAGUACUCCACACUGUUUCACACUGAAGACCAACUUGUGCAUGUUUUUGGAUCUCUUGUAUGUCUUAAUAUGAUGCAAUUGUUGUUAAGUGAAGUAUUUAGGCAGUGAAUUAGUUACUAAUAGUUAUUUAUUUUUAUUUCCUCUUCAUUAAUUAUGAAAUACCAUUUUAAUUUCAUGCAAAACAUGUGGCUUUUAUUGUGUGCCUGAAGUCAACAUGAUGCAUGGAAAUUAAAUUUUUAGUAUUUUUCUUUUAUAUGUGUAUAUGAAAUUGAAAACUCAGGAUUUACUGUAAAGCCGUUUGUUUAUGCCUCAUGAAUUUUGUGAUAAAAAAUUGCUCAUUUGCUCUUUGAUGUUGAUUGGCAACUUCUGUUAUGUAACAAUGCUGUUUUGCUAGUUGUUGUUGGUGUUUUUUUUUGUGCCAAUUGUUUUGUAGUAUGGAGUGCAAAUUAUGUGUUUGCACAAAACCUCAUUGCUCCUAAUGGAAAAAGAUGCUCCCAAAAGUUAAUAAAUGUUUAUGGCUACAUA